AAAACGCAUUUACCUAAAUGAAGUAAUAAAAUCAAAAACAGAACAAAACGUAAAAUAAAUAAAAGUAAAUGAAUAUCUUCCAUUUUAAGUCACUAAAAUGGUAACAAGGCUGGUAAUCAAUGGAGUUUUAUUAACGCCUCCUACCCUUGAAGACUCGAAGGUGCAAGAGAAGACAAUCGUGGUGCGGAGGAUGCCAAACGCGUACUUCUACCCGUUCAGCUUAUGGCCUUUGCCCAAGUUUCCUGACAGAGAAGGAGAAGAAUCCAGCGAGAUCUUCCGAUACAGAAGGGAAACGGGCCACUUUCUGCACAAGAGAAGUUUAGUUUUACAAACGAAGCUAAACAAGAGGUAGCCAAGGCAGCAACGUUCAUUUAAUAAAGAAAUAAAAUUGUACAAACUAAAACACACAGAUGCCCGCUGAAAUUUGUUCGAGAUGAAAAUCGAAGUGGUGCACGUCAUCCACCUCUAUUUCAAAUUCUCUUUGGUAGCAGCCAUAGAGUUGCCUAGACGCCGACGCUCGGAAGACGCUAGAGUGUGGGAUAGCUCUAAAAUUAAAUAAAAAUUAGACAUUUUUGAUUUCAUGAUUAUUUUUUAAAAGCAAAAUUUGCCCUUGAAAAUAUAAUCUAGUUUCCGUAUGAUUUUUUAUGGCAUGUGUUUUUGAUGAACGUGUGAUAAUUUAAUAUAUAACCUAGUAUUAGAUCGCUAUAGAAGGUGGAGGUAAGAAAUGGAAUCUCCAUAUACCGAAAAUUUACAUCAAAAAACCUUAAGAGGCAGUCAAUACCUAAAGCGCGCACACUGUCUAUUUGUAUCGUAGUAAAUGAGAUAGCACUGUCGCAUGUUACUGGGCCUGGGCAAGGGAAUAAUAAGAAAAUUAUUUAAAUAAAAAAAGUGGAUUAUUAGUGUAAUAUUUUACUCGUUAGCGGUUUAGAUAUAAAUGUUUUGAAAUUGUGAUUUUAAUUGCAGACCCAUAAGUCAAAACAAUAAUGACAUAGAACCGUUUAAUUGUGAUUUUAAGACCAAUCUUUGCAAUUAUUUUCUAUCGAGCCGAUUUCGUUAAAUCAUCUAUCGAGUACAACCAUGGUCUUUGAAAUAUAAUUAAUAUGAACAUAUAUUUUUCUUACUUGACUAAAACAAAUAGUCUUUCUUAAACUGUUUAAGUAACAUCAAUUUCAAGGACAUUGGGUGUUGACAGCCCCUUAAAUAGGUGGCGCUAUAAUACCUAGAAUACUUGAAAAAAAAUCAAAUCAUAGACAGCGCACUUCACUCUGUCAAUAACGCCUAGGUUCUUAGCUACUCUAGCGCUACUCUGGAGAGAUUUUGAACUAUUAUUUAUAGCUGACCACUGGACACUUUUGCAUCAGUUCUGCCUAUGGAGAUUGAAUUCCUUACCUCUACCUUCAAUACCGCGUGCCUCGACUCGCAACAAAUCUGCGCAUCAUUUUGGAUGCCACGAUCUAUAGCCUCUUAAAUUACCAUUCAUAAAACUUACUACUUAUUGUUUGUGUCCAGUACCCCUAGUGUAAAUAAAUUCGAUUUCCAAACUUGACGUACGCGUUUGCGUUUAGUCUCAUUUUGUAUUGGAUUUCGAAAGAGCGCGCCAAGCGGGACUUUUUGGAAACUCAAAAUCCUAUACAAAAUGAGACUUAACGCAGACGCGUUCGUCACGUUAUGAUGUCGAUCAAAGUUACACUAGGGGUACUGUACCCCUAGUGUAAAUAAAUUCGAUUUCGAAACGUGACGAACGCGUUUGCGUUAAGUCUCAUUUUGUAUAGGAUUUUGAGUUUCCAAAACAUCCCGCUUGGCGCGCUUUUUCUAAAUCCAAUACAAAAUGAGACUAAACGCAAACGCGUACGUCACGUUUCGAAAUCGAAUUUAUUUACACUAGGGGUACAGGCUCUAGUUUUUGUCCCCGUUGACGGAGUAGCGAAUAAUAUAUUUAUUUUUUAUGUAGAUAAGUAGAUAUAUUAUUUAGAAUUUAAGGGGAUAGGGGAUGGCCGCUUUUACAAACCUAGUCCCCAUUUUCCUCUCUUAAUUCCAUAAUUUGAUGUAUAUUAUUAACCUUACUGUGCGUUUCUCCAGGAACUUUCUGCCUCGCACAGCUAAACUGUGGAAUGAACUGUCGCCUGCGGUAUUUCCGGACCGAUACAACCUUCAAACCUUCAAGAAAAGAGCGUACUCCCAUUUUAAAGGCCGGCAACGCACUUACAACCAAUUUGGUGUUGCAGGUGUCCGUGGGCGGCGGUAAUUUCUUACCAUCAAGUGAUCCGUCUGCUCGUUAGCCUCCUCUAUCAUAAAUAACAUUAAAAAAAGCUAUGCCCCCACCGACUUUUAAAAAAAAAUUGAUUAUUGUAAAAAUUAGGAGCGAAUAUUUGACGACCGGUUUGGCCUAGUGGGUAGUGACUCUGCCUACGAAGCUUGUGAUUCCGGGUUCAAAUCCUGGUAAGGGCAUUUAUUCGUGUGAUGAGCAUGGAUAUUUGUUCCUGAGUCAUGGGUGUUUUCUAUGUAUUUAAGUAUUUAUAAAUAUUUAUAUAUUAUAUAUAUCGUUGUCUAAGUACCCUCAACACAAGCCUUAUUGAGCUUACUGUGGGACUUAGUCGAUUUGUGUAAUAAUGUCCUAUAAUAUUUAUUUAUUAAAAAAAUAUAUAUCAUCCGUCUAACUGUGUAACAUAGCUGUGGUUGAUAUACAACAAAUUAAUUUAAAAUAUUUUCAAUAAUGUAUUAACAUUAAUCCAGAAAUGGAUAUUAAUAUAGAGAGGAAAAUGAGAACAAUAUUUGUACGAAAAGGCGAUUUCGAACGGGUCCUUCAUUUCGUCUUACCACAUUCAGUGCCAGCGCGUUCUACGCGCUACGAGCGUAGCCGAUAACAUGGGAAAAUGCGUAGCGAAAAGCGACUACGGACUGAGCGCCCGCCUGGCGGGUUGCUGGCAGUGAAUGCGUUAAGGAUUCCCAUAACGUCGGGGAUAGUGCAGUACCGCGCAACUAACGAAGUCGUAAGAGUUCGAAAUUCAAACAAUGUACAAGGUAAUUGGACCUUACUGCAUUUGUUAGUUACGCGGUAUUGCACUAUCCCCGACGAUAAGUCAAAAUUUGUGUGACAAGGUAAAUAGGGAGCGUGCAUGAACUGUAGGAGGCAGCACAGGAGCUGUCAGAUUUUUGGCGCGAAGCGUAAAUGUGAUGUUUAUUGUUCCGAUGUAGCCCACAAGAUAGCAGAACCUACUAUGCACAAGAAAACACUUGACGUGUAAAUGUGCAUGUUUAUGGUUCCGAUUCAGACCACAAGAUGGCAGACCCUCCAACACGCACGGUCCCUAUAGUUUUAUAUUCUCGUCAAGUGGACAGAAACUAGCACAACGACCCUACGACAUAAGGCCUAAAAUAGUCAGUUUAUUUUGUUGCUUUUACAGUCGGGACAUUGUGUUAUCUAUGUAAGUAUGAAAUAUAUGUAAGUACUUGACAGUUACGAAGAUGUAGUUUUGUAUAAAAAAGUAACCUACUUCUAUCAUAAAAUAUUUUAUAAUGAAGGACAAAAUAUAACACUGUAAGAAAUUUAUUUUGUUUUAUUGAAAUUAAUUUUUGAUAUUUAUACAGCAGCUAGCUGCCGACGCGUUGAGGUAAAAUCGACAUUUUCAUUUAACAUAAAUACUUGAUGUCAACCUUACCUUAAUACAGAUUUUUCAAUUCUAAUUCUCUUAUUUAUAAAACUUUACAAGCCAAACUAACUUUGGCCAAACAAAGUUUAGCGCCAUCUAUCUCACCUUCGACUGUACCAUUUUCCACCGUAACUCGCUAAGAGAGCACAUUAUCAACUCGUAGCACCGCUCGUAUCUUAGUUCCACACACAUCUAAUAGGUAGCGCUAAAAUCAAUAUCUAGUGGCGUCCUUCUUUUGGCUACAACUUUAUCAACUUAAUUUUCGUUCUUAUGGCACUACAUUUAGGUUAAUUUUCGUGUAAUUUUAUCCUAUUCUGGUAGAGCGACAGUGGCGCUCUCGUUCCCUAUUGAUCACGCACAUUCAGUUCACGGGAAAAUUGCAUCUGUGAGGAUUUCAUAAACAUGAUUCAUUGAAAAUAAAACCAUAAUAAUUAUCAAGCAAUAUGAAGUUGCAAGUGGUGUGGUUUUUCAUAGCAUUCACAAGGACUUGUAUGGGUCUAAAGCUACUCGAAGCCAACCCCAACGUCAAGCGAUUGUAUGAUGACCUGCUUAGCAACUACAACCGGCUGAUCCGACCUGUGACCAACGUGUCAGACAUUCUGACCGUACGGCUCGGACUGAAACUGUCUCAGCUCAUGGAGGUCAACUUGAAGAACCAGGUCAUGACCACAAAUCUAUGGGUCGAGCAGAAAUGGUUCGACUAUAAGCUACAGUGGAAUCCAGAUGAAUACGGCGGCGUGGAGAUGCUGUACGUACCCUCGGAGCACAUCUGGCUGCCUGACAUCGUCCUGUACAACAACUGGGACGGCAACUACGAAGUAACGCUGAUGACGAAGGCCACAAUCAAGUACACGGGCGAGGUGAACUGGAAGCCACCGGCCAUCUACAAGUCCUCCUGCGAGAUCAACGUGGAAUACUUCCCCUUCGACGAGCAGACUUGUUUCAUGAAGUUCGGAUCGUGGACUUACAGCGGAUUUCAGGUGGACCUAAAGCAUAUGGACCAGCCAGCGGGUAGCAGCUUGGUGCACGUGGGCAUCGACUUGAGCGAGUUCUACCUCUCGGUGGAAUGGGACAUUCUAGAAGUGCCCGCUACGAGGAACGAGGAGUACUACCCGUGCUGUCCCAAUGAGCCAUUCUCUGACAUAACAUUCAAACUGACCAUGAGGCGAAAGACUCUGUUCUACACCGUCAACCUGAUCAUUCCCUGCGUCGGCCUCACCUUCCUCACUGUGCUCGUGUUCUAUUUACCUUCUGACUCUGGGGAGAAGAUCUCGCUUUGCAUCUCUAUCCUGGUGUCUCUCACCGUGUUUUUCCUCGGUCUGGCCGAGAUCAUCCCGCCAACGUCACUGGCGAUUCCUCUGCUCGGGAAAUAUCUACUUUUCACCAUGAUACUCGUCUCGCUCAGCGUUUGGGUCACAGUGUGCAUACUAAACGUGCAUUUCAGGUCCCCAUCAACCCACACCAUGUCGCCCUGGAUGAAGAAGCUGUUCCUUCAGCUGAUGCCGAAGCUCCUCAUGAUGCGGCGGACCAAGUACUCCCUCCCUGAAUAUGACGACACCUUCGUCUCCAACGGAUACACGAACGAGCUGGAGAUGAGUCGCGACAGCUUGACUGACGCCUUUAGUGACAGCAAAAAUGGAGACAAUGGUGACUACAGGAAGUCUCCCAACCCUGAAGAUGACAUGAUGGCCGCCGGAGGACAUCAGAGACCUUCAGUGACGGAAUCUGAAAACAUGCUGCCUCGUCAUCUCUCGCCAGAAGUAGCAGCAGCACUACAGAGCGUGAGGUUCAUCGCACAACACAUCAAGGAUGCUGACAAGGAUAAUGAGGUGGUCGAAGACUGGAAGUUCAUGUCCAUGGUGCUGGACCGCUUCUUCCUGUGGCUGUUCACCAUCGCCUGCUUCGUGGGAACCUUCGGCAUCAUCUUCCAGUCACCGUCGCUGUACGACACGCGCGUGCCUGUCGACCAGCAGCUGUCUUCCAUCCCCAUGAGGAAAAGCAACUUCUUCUACCCGAAAGGCAUUGAGACUAUUGGGAUUAUUAGUUAAGUUAUACAUAAUUAGGUCAAAUUCUAGUUCCCAUAAAUGACAUUCAGUUUGUUAUCUGUAUUGCUUGGACUUUAGAUUGAAGAUGGCCGCCAUUGGGAAAGAGUUCAGCACUGGAAUAUUGAAAAAUAAUUAUGAGCUCGCGUUCAUGAUCCUAACCCACGAUAUUCUGUCGGGUGUAAGCUUGUAUAGAUCUUUCGGGGUAUGUGUGUAGAGGACAUUUUUGUGAAAAUUAAUGUUCCAAAUUUUAGCUUUUCUGACACACAGAUGUCUACAACCAUCUUCACUUAUGAAAAUUGUAGUUACUGCUAUUAUGACUUUUCCUCAACACGUAAAUGUCACGAAGUUUACAUGGUAGCUUACAUCUAUGCAGUUGUUUCUGUAAGUUCAUGUUCAUGGUGCUGGACCGCUUCCUGUGACUGUUCACCAUCGCCUGCUUCGUGGGCACCUUCGGCAUCAUCUUCCAGUCGUUCGCUGUACGACACGCGCGUUCCUGUCGACCAGCUGCUGUCUUCUAUCCCCAUGAGGAAAAGCAACUUCUACCCGAAGGGCAUUAACCCUAAUGGGAUUGUUAGUUAAAUUACACAUAGAGAUGAUAAGGGUUACCUUUCUAAGACACUUUAUUCGUGAAGGAGCCGAAAUAUUUAUUAAUGUAUUUCUGUUUCUUUCUACAUUAAAAACUUACUCUUGGGAUAGUUGGAUUAAUUAUCAUUAAGAAGAUUAUAUCAUAGAUAACCGUAAUAAUAAAAUAUUAAUGAUUUUUAAGUGUUAGAAACUUCCAACAGCGAUUUAGUAUAUACCAUUCUACCGCUGCAUGUGCUAGCCCAUUAUUAGCGGCGAGAUAGACUACCCGUCCCGCUUUAAUUAACAUAGUUAGAAAAAGACGGGUAGUCUAUCUCGCCCCGAGAUACUGUCGAGCUAAUCAUGUGCUAGGCCUACUGAUCAAAGAGCCAAAAUCUUUAUUAACUAAAUGUUUUAUGUAUUUGAUUGCUUUUAACUUGAUUUCAUUGUUGAUUUUUAUUUAAAGUUACUCACUAUUUAAUUAGGCUAAGAUAGACACAAUAUAAACUCAUUAAAAGACCUCGUAUAUUUCGAUAACAACUACAAAAUUUUAUAUGUAAGGUUAGUUAAAAUAUGAAUAUUUCAUGAUUAAUGCAACACAAUUAAAUAAACCAUUACCACUAAAUAACCUACGUAUUUCCCACUGCUAUUGCCUAUGUUCAAGUUCAUAUGACAAGAGUAUUAUCAAAACCUUAACCAAUUCAUAAUUCACAAUCGGCCUUAAGCUUUAGGUAUUAUAUCAAACAUUUUUGUAAAGUCGCGGACCGGAGUCGAGCGUCGCGCUGCGCCGCUUGCGUCCAGUCAGCGGCCUAAGAGGAAACCCUGAGCCCAGCAUUUGAACUUAGGCAUGUACCUAAUUGGCUGAUGAUACAUUAAUUGUAAGAUAUUGAUUUUGUAAUUAUUGAACUUACAAGAAUUCGUUUGAUGGCUGUGAAGUUACUUUGUUAAAUAUUUGAUAUCGAUUGUAGUACAGUAAUUUAAGUAGUACUUAAGAGUAGAUACUAACGAGCAAUCGGUCGCGGAGAGCAGUCUGCGUCGGCACGCAAACUCGUGCUCCCCAUGAAGCUCCUCAUUAUGGAGCGAAACUUGUCGGACGAUUUAAAAUACGCGAGUGACUCGUUUUAAUAUAUGUAAUAUAUAAAAAAACACAUGUUUACUUCGGCUAUAAAAUAUUCAAACAAUAAAAAUAUACAAAAAUUAAAAA